AUGUGUGUGUGUAUAUGGAGAUACACCCCGCGAACCUGCCCGGGUGUGCGUCUGCGUGUGUGUGUGUGCGUACGACAUGUGUGCGCGUGUGUGGAUGCACCCCGCGACCCUGUCAAGGGCCCCCUUCCCUGGGGCUCCCCUCCCCCAAGCUUACUCCCAGAGCUCCGGGUCCCUGAGGCGGCGGCGGCGGCGGGCGCUCCCAGGCAGGAGGCAGCGCCGGAACUGGAGGCCCGAGGCUUAGCUCCCCGUCCUUCCUUGCUUCCUUCCUUCCGUCCUUGCUUCCCGGGCGCGCGAGCCCGAGCCCGAGCCCGAGCCCGAGGGGACUGGGCCGCCCCCUCCAGCCUCCGCCUCGGCCCCCUCGCCCGCCCCGCCGGGCGUGUGGGCGGAAAUGCGAGCGAGCGAGCGAGGAGCGAGGAGCGAGGAGCGAGGCGCGCGGGGGGGGGGGGCGUCGUGGCUGGAGCAGCUCCCCGCGGCCGAGCGGGCGAGAGCGCGAGAGCCCAAGAUGGCGGCGCGGCGGCGGCGGCGGCGGCUCCAGCUCCAGCUCCACAGGGCGGAGAGGGACGAAGGCCCGCGCCUCCCUCCGCCGCUUUCCCGCGCCUCGCGGCGUGCCGCCCCCCUUCCCCGCCCCCACCGCCGCCAACCGCCGCCUCAGCCUCGGCCGCCGCCGCCGCCGCCGCCCUCGCCCCGCCCCCUCGCCCGCCGCCCCGUGCGCCUGCGCCUCCCACAGGCCCCGGCCCCUCGCGCGCUCCGCCCUUAAGCCUCUCGGUCACGCCCACUCGCGCAUGCGCCUCCCACCAAUUUCCCGCCCCGCCCACUCGACCCUCGCGCGUGCGCCUCCCACAAUUAUUUUUCCCCUCGCCCGCCCACCCCUUGCGCACGCGCCUCCCACAAUCUCCGCCCCUCGCGCGUGCGUCUCCCACACUCGCCCUCCGCCCCUCGCGCGUGCACCUCCCACAAUCCUCCUCUCCUCCCCUCCCUCCCGCGGGACUGUUCCAUUCGCGUCCGCCGCCGAGCGGGGGAACGGACUCCAGGUCGCCGCGCGCGCGGGCGUACGCGCCGACAGUUGCUCGUCGCGCCCGGCUCUCGCCGGGAAAGGCAGGCCGACGGCCUCUGAGACGCGCGCGAUUCGCUCGCCCCCGCCCUCUUCAGCCGCGCGCGCAACCCCUGAGCUGGCUGGACGCCCCUCAGGCGGCCCCGGGCUUUGGAGGCCGCGGCGCCUGCGCGUUGAGUCGCUUCCGGGUUGUCCAGGCGCAGGCGCAGAGCCGGGUCUCCCCCUAA